UCCCUUACCUGUGUACAGCAUCGCCACACACUUCAUUGUAAUUGGUCUGCUUAUGAACAGUUUUGAAGAGGAAAGAGGUGGAAGAAGCAAUUUUGAAGAGGAAAGAUUUAGAAAGAAGCAGUACUGGAGAGGAAAGAAUUAGAAAGAAAUAGUUUUGAAGCGGAAAGAGGUGGAUAGAAGCAGUUUUGAAGAAAUCUGGGACAUGAAUCCAGGUGUGGCUAAGUGAGGGAGCGUGAGUGUAACGUCAACAAUCAUGGCUGCCAACAAGGGUGCGGGCCCACAGGUCAUCGAUAUUUCCAAAUUAAACUUGGAACAACUCACCACACUCAAGAACCAACUAGACCAGGAGCUGCAGUUCUUCAGUGAGUCUCUCCAGCAGCUUAAGAUCGCUCAGCUCAAGUUCAAUGAGUCUGGCGAGUGUGUGGAGAAGCUAACUCCAGAGACCAAAGGGAAGGAGAUCUUGGUGCCCCUCACUAGUUGUAUGUAUGUCCCGGGCACCGUAGCCAACUCAGAGAAGCUCCUCAUUGAAGUUGGGACAGGAUACUACAUAGAGAGGGACGUGCCGGGGGCGAAGGAUUACUUCAGCCGAAAGAUUAAGUUUGUGACGGAACAAAUGGAGAAGAUUCAAAAGAUUGCAUCAGAGAAGAGUAAAUUAAGAGAAGUUGUGAUGGACAUGAUGGAAAUGAAGUUGGACCAGCAGCUAGCGGUGAUCCAGCAGCAGCAGGCCGUGGCAGGCAAGAUGGGUGAAGGCAUGGUGGCUUAGUGAUUCACCGCUUCCCUUCCGAUUGCGUUUUAUUUUUUAAAGCUUUACCAAGUUCCGACAUGCAGCCAUUGUCCCGCUACUUCUGUAUGUCUCACUUCUUCCUCUCUUGGCCCGUCAGAUUGGCGUGUGUGUUUCAGGGUUCACAGAGCAUUUAUAACUGGCAGGUACACACUGAGGCAGUCACAACCACCCUGAAGCAACAAUUGGAGACUAUAAAAAUAGGUUUGAAAAUAACAACUCAGUAAAACACACAAAAGAUCUGUGUACCUUGCUUGACACAGCCUGCCACAAUUAAAUAAGUUACCACUGA